AUGGCGUCGGCCAUAGACCAAGCGAACGACUCCAGCGCAGGCUGGUCUGUCGCAGCUGCCAAUGUCCCCGAGCCCGAAGCGUCGCAUGUCGUGACAUCACCGCCAUACUGGUCGAGCCAGCCUCGACGUCUUCACGCGCGCCACCCUUCAAACAUAUCGACAGAGUCGCUGCCAACAGGUGCUAUAAGGUUGCGCGACAAUGAGAAUGCCGACGACGACGACAGGAACAAUGCUUGCUGGGCGCAAAGUGUCGAGAUUGUGGAUUUCACAGUGGUGAACGGCAGUGCGGGCAGCAUAGGCGCUUUCGUCGUGUACAUCAUCAAAGUACAGACGCUAGCGGGGAGCUACAUGCAUAUUCGGAAGCGAUAUUCGGAGUUCCAUGAUUUCAGGGAGCGCCUAAUUCUCUCAUUCCCAACGUUUGAGGCCAUGAUCCCGCAACUGCCACCAAAGAGCGUCAUAUCCAAGUUUCGCCCAAAGUUUCUGGAGAAGCGGCGUGCGGGCCUUCAAUACUUUUUGCACUGUGUACUGUUGAAUCCUGAGUUCUCGGGUUCACCUGUUCUCAAGGAUUUUCUGUUUGCGUAA